CCUUCCCCGUAGAAGAAGAGGAAGAAGGAGAGAGAGAGAGAGAGAGAGAGAGAGAGAUGGCGCGAGCAUGGCUACAUUUGAACAACUACAACAGAGCUCUGAGUACUAUGGCCUCCAGUGGCAAAGAGACAGAACACAGAGUUCAACUUCCAGAGAAGGUUCGAAAUUCUAGGGUUUUGAUUCUUGGAGGAACCGGCAGGGUCGGAGGCUCCAUCGCCACUGCUCUCUCCGCCCUGUGUCCCGACCUCCGCAUCGUCGUCGGCGGUCGAAACAAGGAAAAAGGUGCUACUAGGGUGGCUCAACUUGGGAAGAAUUCAGAGUUUGCUGAAGUCAACAUUGAUGAUAUGGAAUCUUUGGAAGCAACGUUACAUGAUGCAGAUCUUGUAGUUCAUACUGCGGGGCCAUUCCAACAGGCAGAGAGAUGCACUGUGCUGGAAGCUGCUAUAAAGACCAAGACAGCAUACGUUGAUGUAUGUGACGAUACAACCUAUGCGUGGCGUGCAAAAUCCUAUAUGAGUAAAGCACUGGCUGCAAAUAUUCCAGCCAUAACAACUGGAGGAAUCUAUCCCGGAGUGAGCAAUGUGAUGGCAGCAGAGUUAGUUCGUGCUGCAAGAAGUGAAAGCAAGGGGGAGCCUGAGAGACUUAGAUUCUCCUACUACACAGCAGGCACUGGAGGUGCUGGCCCAACAAUAUUAGCCACUAGUUUUUUACUUCUUGGAGAGGAGGUUGUUGCAUAUAGUAGAGGAGAAAAGAUCAAGCUAAAGCCCUAUACUGGAAUGCUAAACAUCGACUUUGGGAAGGGGAUUGGAAAAAGAGAUGUUUACCUCUUGAAUUUGCCAGAGGUGAGAAGUGCCCAUGAGGUCCUACGAGUACCAACUGUUAGUGCUCGAUUUGGAACUGCACCAUUUUUCUGGAAUUGGGGAAUGGCAGUGAUGACUAAUCUUCUUCCCAGGGAAUUUCUAAGAGACAGGAGUAAAGUUCAGAACUUGGUUGAACAAUUUGACCCAGUGGUUCGAGCAGUUGAUGGAAUUGCCGGAGAGCGUGUUUCAAUGAGGGUCGAUUUGGAGUGUGCAGAUGGGCGCAAUACAUUAGCUCUAUUUAGUCACAAAAGACUCUCUGUAUCAGUUGGAACUGCCACAGCUGCAUUUGCACUUGCCAUUCUUGAAGGAAGCACACAACCAGGUGUUUGGUUCCCAGAAGAGCCUGAAGGAAUUGCAAUUGAGGCAAGGGAAGCUCUUCUAAAACGAGCUGCACAAGGAACGAUUAAUUUUGUAAUGAACAAGCCUCCAUGGAUGGUGGAAACAAAUCCAAAAGAGCUCGGUUUAGGAAUAUAUUUGUAAAAAUUCUCAGAUAAACAUUUCACAAGAAGUUGAAUUUUCUAUUCAGCUUUCUCCUGUUCAGAUUGCAAAGGUAAGUGAGUCUGUUGCCCAGUUAAUCAUUUUUGUGAAGAGUGAGCAAAGCAACUUGAAAACUAUUUUAAAGUUCAUAACCAACUAUCAGUUAGCGCUAUUAGGUUUUGAUUAUUUUUGAGGAAAAAUAUUAAAAUUAAUACCCCCCUUCAUAAUUCAUUGAACUGCCAACCAUUUAAAUAUAUUUUAUCUGUGGUCUUAAUUAUUUUUAAGACAAUACAGCCCUUCACGUGGACAUCAAAAUUUUCUUGUAUGUUUAGCUUCAUUCUAAUAUUUAUAAA